UUUUUUUAUACUCCUGUAGGUUGUCGUCCUUGGCAUUGUAACCAGGUGGCGCUUGAAACAUCCGCUUCGUUCGGAUAAUGUGUUACAACUAAAGAGUGUACUAUAACAGCUUUGACAAGAGCAGACAACUUUGUUUUAUCUGGCCUACCCACUUCCCCCAAAAAGGAGAAGUAAUAAAACCACCAUUAGCCAGGGUUUCCUAUGCUGAAAACAAGAAAAGAAUGCUUACCAUUUGUAAGACUUGGUGAAUUGUAAACUAUACAUAUUUUAUAGACUGUUUAUGAGAAGUGACCUGCACCAUGUUUAACAACUGGCAGGGUUUGGGGGCAUUCGCCGCAGUUGCAGCUGCAGCACAGGCUCAAGCUCAAACUGUUUAUGGACAAGUUCAAGGACUGGCAGCUACAGGGCAGCCUAUGAUUGGGAUGGGCUUGGAUGCCCUGGGAAAUCCACAACAACAGCAGCAAAUGUAUAACUGGUAUUACAGCCAUUGGCCACAAAACAUGAUGGCACCUCAACAGGCGUUCCCUGGAAUAAUGCAACAGCAGUAUCCUCCUUUGCCAGAAGGAGGUCAGAAUGCUCCCCCUGCACCUCCUCCUGCAGAACCACCUGCAGAUGUCAGACCACCACUUCCACCAGAGCCUCCUCCGGAUGAGAAGAGUGGAAACAGUCAAGCAAGGAUGGCACCAGGACUACCUGGAGGACCUCAAGCUCAAUUACAUGCAGGGAAGGAACCCACUUGGCAGCAGCAGAAGAUGCCUGCAUCACAACAACAAUGGCAGCCUCCUCCCCCACCUGCAGAAGAUCCACCUCAGCCACCUUCAUCCACCCAAUCAGGAAAAGGAGAUAAAAAGCCAGUUGAUCCUGCACUAAGCUUAGCAUUUGACAAUGUGAUCAAAGAACAGCAAGAAUUCGUUACACAGUAUGAGCAGUGGAAACACCAAUAUACUAAUUGGCAAGAGCAGAAUAAAAACCAUCCAAACAAGGAACAGUUUGACCAGUACUUAUCACAGUGGAAACAUUAUGAACAGCAGAUGGAGGAGCGAAGACGAGACAUAAUGAGACGGAAACAGGAAAUUGAGGAGAAAAUGAACGUUUCAGCGACACCUGCAGUAGCAUUGUCUCUUGGAGAUACCCAGAAAAUGGGAUUGGGACCACAUCAAAGUGCUCAGGGUGCACGAGGUCCUCAAGAUUCCAAUGCAAAGUUUGGAGGUUCAACCACACCAGGUGUGUCUGCACCUAUAGACCAGAGUAAGGACUCAAGGUUCUUAGGGAGAGGUGUUCCCAGCAUUAACAAGAGACCUGGGAUACAUACUUCUCAAGAGCAUGGUGACAAUCAACGGGAGCCUUCAUAUGGGAACCCUGACAGGCUGCACAAUCCACAUGAUGCUAACUCAAAACCAAGUCUUUUGGGAGAAAAACCUCCUGGCCUGCUGGGAGAUAAACCUCCUGGACUUUUGGGGGAUAAACCUCCUGGACUUUUGGGGGAUAAACCACCUAGUCUUUUGGGGGAUAAACCACCUAGUCUUUUGGGGGAUAAACCACCUAGUCUUUUGGGGGAUAAACCUCCUAGUCUUCUGGGGGAUAAACCUCCAAAUCUUUUAGGAGAUAAACCUCCAAGUCUUCUGGGAGAUAAACCUCAAAGUCUUCUGGGAGAUAAACCAUUAACUGUUGCAGGCACUAGCAUGGGUUCAAAUUACAGUGAUGGAGGUCAGGGAGGAUUUGGACCAAGAGGGCCUGGGGGUAUGCAGAGACAUGACCAGGGCCAUUUCCAAGGUCCUCCUAAAGGUCCUGGCCCGACAGGAUUGCUGGGUGAUGCUCCACCACAGUUCCAAGGUCAACCAAACAUGGACAUGUCAGUCCAGGCUGGGCAAGGCAAAGGCAAGUCAUACCCUGGCUCUGGCAUUGGAGGAAACCAAGUUGAGGGUGGAGAAGAUGACAUGGAUCUUGAAGAGAGCCAGGAUCAAGAGGAUUUUCGACAAAGUUUUCAGAACCGUUCAUCCCAUCAUUUCCAUGGAGGGCCAGGCCCACAAAGGUUCCCAGGACCUCAGUCACAGAGAUUUCAAGGACCACCUCACCAACAAGGUCCCAGUAUGCCUGGGCCUCAGAACUUUAGAGGUCAGGGGUCACAAGAUUUCAGUGGACAAAGGGGACGAGGUCAUACCUCUGUGGGGCCUCAUAGUAUGCAGGGUCCUGGUCAAAGGUUUCCAGGUCCAGUGCAAAGAUUCCAAAGACCUGCCCAUGGUGUGGGAGGACAUGAAGACCAAGAAGGUUUUGAAGAACAAGAGAGUGACAACACAUUAUUCCAGGACUUCAAUUCCAGUGAUGCUCACUGGGGAAGUGGAAGAGGGAGAGGUGGUCUUGCAAACUUUGGCCACAGAGGAAGAGGUUUUGGUCAAGGGAAUGCUAACACUUUCCGAGGUCGUGGUGCAGGUCAGCUUCCUGGCAGUCGUGACAGCUUUAAUGAGCAGAGAGGUGUUGGAAUGGACUUUAGAGAUAAUAAUCAGUUUGGAGAGGAGAAGGAUGAGGGCAUGGGACAAGAGAGUGCAUCGAGAGAGGGGGGCAUGGGACAAAUUAGUCACGACGACUUCCGUGGCCAUAGUGUUAGAGGAAGAGGGCGGGGUGCCCCAGAUAAUUUUGUAGCUAGAGGUAUGAAUCAGGAAGAGCAUGUCUGGAAUGAAGGUGGAAGAGAAAUGGUCUACAGAGGUCGUGGUAUGCCUCCAAGAGGCCGAGGAGGACCACCAGGUAUGAUAGGUGCUGGCCGUGUCUAUGAUGAACAGAGCUUAGGCGGAGACAACUUUGAGCCUUACAAAGAUGACCAAAAUGUCGAAGGAGGAGAAAUUAACCAGUAUGGGAAUGAGCAAAGUCAGGAUUUCCAGGAUGGCCAGCAAAACUUUGAAGGUUCCCAGUUUCAGAGGCAUGGCUUUUCUGGGCCAUCCUUUAGAGGUCUUGGAAGAGGAGGGCCUAGAAUGCAAGGCCAACAAGGGCUUUUAACUCAACAAGGCCCACAAGGGCAUGUAUCUCAGCAAGGCCAGGUUGGACAACAGGGACAAUAUGUGGGUCGUGGGGGUCCACAUGGUCAGUUUCCUGGUGUUAGUGGACCUCGUGGACCUUUGUUAGGACGUGGAGGUCAGCAGGGACAGUUGCCAGGAAGGGGUCAGGGUCGUGGUGUUGGCAAGAGUGAUAGGGAAAGUGGCAGCCAGAAUCAAGGGUUUCAAGGUCUAGACCAGGAACAAUCAGAUGACUGGGGAAAUGAACGGCAAGAUGAUUGGAGUAAUGAGUAUGCUUCAAAAGGAGAAGGUGGAAAGAUAGACGGGGAUGAUCCAAAUUUGGCAUUUGGCAUUAGAACAGGUGGGGAUGGACCUGGUAGUCAUUUCCCACCACCAGUAUCUGGGACAGGAAAUAUGUUCCAUGGUCAACCUGGUCCUUCAGAAAGAUUUGGGGGUCCUCAGGGCAGUCAAGCUAACAGAUUUUCCGGUCCACAUGGUUCCAGAUUUCCUGGACAAGCCAUGAGUGGGCCACCUAGGUUUGAGGGCCCAAGAUUUCCAGGGCCUGUGAAUGAAAGACCACAGUUUCCAGGCCCACUGAGAGGUAUGGGUCCUCAAGGUCAAAAUCAAAUGAGAGGCCCAAAGCCUUUGAUGUCGAUGGUGUUUAAUGAACAUGAAAUGAAACAAAGACUGUCCAGAGGAGAGGAGAGUGUUGAUGGUGCAAGAUCCAGUGACAUGGACAGACUAGGAGAUAAGGAAACUUUACAUGGGCCUGGCAGUGGUGGGGAUCAGGGUGAAGUGGAUCAACCUUAUUCAGGGAGUCAGCAUCCUGAAAACAGGGAAACAUUCGCAGGUUUAGGUUUCAGGCAACAAGGCCAGUACACCUCAGUAGGUCCAGGCCAGGGGCUUGGGCAGCUGAGACAGGGGCAAGGGGCGCUGCAGGGAGCACCCGAAGGAAGGGAGCUCUUUCCUGGAGUUAGAGAGCAAGGUACUGAGUUUAGAGAGCCUUUACCUGGCACUGGGGAGCCUAUCCUGUCUGCCAGAGGCAGAGACCCAACGCUAGCACAGAGGGGUUUGCCACCUGUCCAAGGAGAAUUGAUCGCACAGAGAGAACCAAUAAUGGGUGGAAGAGAAAUGUUGCUUGGAGUUAGAGAUCCUGGAGCAAACACUGAAGGAAGAGACAGGCUUGUCUAGGCCAAAUGAAUGGCAUGAGGGUGGAGAAUAUGGUGGUGCCUCUGAGAGAGGUCAAGUCUCUCAUGAUUAUGGUCAUGGAGUGGGAAAAGGCAGAAGCCUAGAUGAGAGGUGGCCUGCACAGGAAGCUGAAGACAAUUUAGCUGGCCCUGGCAGGCUGUUCCCACGUGCCACAGCUGGCCAGGAAGAGCUGGACCGCUUGCCUAGACCGCCUUUUCACUCUUCUGAUGACUGGCCUCUUAGAGAUGCUCCCCCUAGGGACCCACUUUAUGAGGAACAUAUUCGACUUGCUAGGCUGGAGAGGCAGUUGCCAUUGGAUCGAUUUGGCCGACCUAUUCGGGAGCCUUACCUAGAUCGAUUAGGAUACGACCCAUUCUUGACACGAGAUGCUUCAUUAGGAGAUCGUAGAUUCCGUGACCCGUUUGCUGAUUCGUUCCCUGACCCUUGGACUCGAGAUCGUGAGCAUCUUGGUGACUCCGAAAGAGUAUUUAGACCAGCAGAAAGUAUUGACUAUGGCCAUGGACAAAGCAGUAAUUCCAGACUGGCAGAAGAUGCUGUGAAAGCUGCACCGCAAGUCAUUGAUUAUGGACAUGGAAACAAAAAAGAGGACAACUCCAGACCUUCAGAUGCCACCUUACAGGAGGGAUUUCCAAAGUCAGAAAGAUCUGAUUGGUCAGAAAAGAGACAUUCACAAGAACAGAACCAGGAGCAACCUAGAAGCACAGACAGAGAGCACCUUGAGAGGUCAGAUGUCAAGUUUAGCAGGUGGGAUGGACCUUCAGAUGAAUACAGUCAGCGUAGUUAUGAUUACAGAGGUGAACAUGACAGGCUGGAAUUACCAGAGGACAGAAACAGGUCAGAGCCAAGAGUAAGGGAAUCUGACAGAGGAAGGCCGGACUACAGAAAUUGUUACAACAGGGGCGAAUUUGAUGGCUCAGAUAGAAAUAGGUGGCCAGACAGAACUGGUUCACCAGAACGGAUGCUGGACAAAAGAGAACGAGACUGGCCUGAUAGAUCAGUUAGAGGAGACAGGUUUGAUCCGCAGGAACGAUCUGACAGACACCUAGAGCGAGAAUGGCCUGGCAGAUUCGACCGUCUGGAGAGGCCAGACCAUUCUGACACAGAC